AUGCUGAAUCGUAAUUAUCUAUUGAUUGUACCAUUAUUGAUUCUGGUCAUAGCAGCUACCGUUGAACUUCGACCACCAAGAGAUUAUGGAAAUCCAAUGCCAGUAGAAAAAACUACAACACCAAAACCACAACGUAAUCGUGAUCGUGAUCGUCACAACAAUAACAACCGAGAUCGCGAUAGUGAUCGUUACAACAACAAUAAAAACCGUGAUCGAGAUAGUGAUCGUUACAACAGCAGCGGAAAUAAUAACCGAGAUCGCGAUAGUGAUCGCUAUAACAAUAAUAAUAACCGUGAUCGUGAUAGUGAUCGUUACAACAACAGUGGAAAUAAUAAUCGCGAUCGUUACAGUAACAAUAAUAACCGCGAUCGAGAUAGUGAUCGUUACAACAGCAGCAGUAAUAAUAACCGCAAUCGAGAUAGUGAUCAACGUGAACAAAGACGUGAAGAACGUCGCCAAGAACGUCAAGAACGACGACGAAAUAAUUAA